GUCAAGGAGUUUAUACGGAAGUAGUGAUGCAUUGAAUUGAGUAAUUUUUAAAAAACACACUCACAUUGUACCCGAGUGUGAAUUAUAUAUCGUUCAAGAACUGGAUUAGCCGCUGCACAAGUGAAGAGAAAUGGCACAGCGUGUUGCUGUGAACGAUGGAGCUGCUGGAUCCAAACGCACCUCUCGUGUUCGAGUGGCCGUCCGGCUGAGACCCUACAUGGACAAGCAGGACGAGAAGAGCGAGGGCUCCUGUGUGCGGGGUCUGGGGCCACAGAAGCUGGAGAUCAUCAACUGGAGGAACGCCACUGAGACCCUGCAGUACCAGUUUGAUGUGUUUCAUGGUGAAGAGACCACACAGCAGGAGGUGUUUCUGACCUCCGUCAAGCCAAUCCUCCCACACAUCCUCAAUGGUCAGAAUGCCAGUGUCUUUGCCUACGGACCCACCGGAGCAGGAAAGACCCACACCAUGCUGGGCAGUCAAGAGCAGCCAGGCGUUAUUCCCAGAGCUGUAAAGGAGGUCUUCAAUCUGGUUGGAGCUCAGAAAAAAGAGCAAGAUGGUUGGGAGUACUCCAUUGGGAUGUCUUACUUGGAAAUCUACAAUGAAAAGGUGCUGGAUCUGUUGUCCCCAGGUUCCCAGGACCUGCCCAUCCGUGAAGACAAGGACAGAAACAUCCUCAUUCCCGGGUUAACACACACUCCUCUCUCAUCUUUUGCUGAUUUUGACACUCAUUUCAUCCCCGCGAGCCUCAACCGAACCACAGCCUCUACUAAACUCAACCAGCGCUCCAGCCGCAGUCACGCCAUCCUCCUCAUAAAGGUGGUGAAGUCUCAGCGUGGUCCGCCACACAGACAGCAAACAGGAAAGCUUUAUUUGGUGGAUCUUGCCGGUUCAGAGGACAAUCGGCGCACAGGAAACCAGGGCAUUCGUCUGAAAGAGAGCGGAGCCAUCAACUUGUCUCUGUUCACGCUCAGUAAGGUGGUGGACGCUCUGAACACAGGGGCUGGGGGCCGCGUGCCCUACAGAGACAGUAAACUCACCCGCCUGCUGCAGGACUCUUUGGGUGGAUCCGCACAUUCUGUCAUGAUCACAAACAUCGCACCCGAGUACAAAUACUACUUUGACACCUUUUCUGCACUUAAUUUCGCCGCAAAGUCUAAGCAGAUUGUCAAUCGGCCUUUUGUCAGAGAAACUGUUUUGGCCCCUACGAUUGCUCCUGGAAAGAGAACCAGAGAGGAACAGGAGGCUGGAGGUUCUGGUGAACCCCAGAACAAGAGAUCCAAAGAAGGGAAGAAAGCUGAACAUUCCCCAUCACCGCCCUUACAUCCACAGAGUUCACCAGAUUCAUCAGUUCUGGACCGACUCCUGGCUCUGGAGAAGAUGAUGAUGGGCUCAGCUGAGAGGGAGAGACUCAACCUGCUCAAAACUGUUGCACAGUCCCGAAAAGAAAUCCAGAUGUUGAAGGAGAAACAGAAGGAGCUGGAGGACAAAGCCAACAUGUUUAAUAAGCAGAAAGAAACCACUGAGAAAGAGUCCAAAGAUGCUCUUCUUUUCAAGACCGAUCUGCCGCCCCUACACAGAAAACAGUCGACAGCCGCCAAACCACGCAAACAGCAGGCCGUUGUUACUCCAUUACAGGUGUCUCAGGUGCAGCCCUUACAGCAGUGUGCAGUGGUCUGCAAACCCUCACAGACCUUGGUUAAGAAGAAACGUGUCCAAACGGAGGUGUGUGAUGGAAAGGAAAACAUAGGUGUGGAUCUUCAUCCUGUUGAAGAUGUCAACUGGGAGUCCCGUCUGGAUCCAGCAUUACUGGAACAGUCCAGGAAGAAGAUCCUGCAGACGCUCAACUCGGGCUCUCUGAAGGAGCUCAAGAGCCUGCAGCAGAUCGGAGACAAGAAGGCCAAACUCAUCAUGGGAUGGAGAGAGAUUAAUGGAGACUUCACACAGGUGGAAGACCUGAAGAAAAUCGAAGGUGUUACAGUUAAACGAUUCUCUUCUUUCAUAAAGGCCAAUAUUCUCAGCAGUAUGGGAAAGUGAAGCAAUUUGAGCUGCUGUGACUGAAGAGGAGAGCCUGCAUACUUGUUUUUACAUGUGUUUUAUGGAUAUAAUGUGUACAGUUUUUAAACUUUUUUUUUUCUUUGUGUAUACUUGACUGCUGUUUUUCUUGUUUUCAUUUUUCAGUGAAUUUCCUGCAUACCUAGGCCAAUUUUUUCUUUUAUUUAACUUUUUAAUCUGUAAAUGAACCUGUUUCAUUUCAUAAAGGCACUAAAUAAAUGCCAUCAUCACAUA